AUGGAGAUCCAGAAAAUAAUGGAUAUAAAUUACAAAGUUGCCCUCCCUCAGUCAUCAAACGCCUUUCGAGAUGAGGUUUACGCUCCUAUGAUGGAGCUCUUCCGGAAGAAAGCUGCGGGACAGCUGGUUCCAGGACUGAAAAGAUUUAGAUCUGGUGCUGUACCCCGUGUGCUUCUUUGGUCAGUGCCCCUCCUCAGUUCUAAGUGGAGGGCUGUGUUUUCCCAUGUUGACAAAGGUCAAUGCCCUCUGCACUGUGAAGUGAUCUACGAGGUAAAAAAGAGGAAUACUGCAGAUGCUGUUAUCAUCUUCAUGGGAGGUGCACAAGAUUCUCAGACUAUCACAAAGAAAUUAUCACCACGAGACCCUCGUCAGCCUUGGGUCAUAAUGACCUUUGAAACGCCACUAUAUGCAAACAAUAUACACAAAGUAAGAUAUGAAAACUACAACGGACUAUUCAACCGAACGAUGACUUACCGUCAAGAUGCCGACAUAAUGGUUCACCAUGGCUUUAUUGUCCACAGAAAUGAAGCCCACUUACUCCCCAGAUCAUGGGUCGUUCCUCCAGUAAUGGAAGCAAUAAAUGUUUCUAGAAAGUUAGCAGUGGCAUUUAUAUCCAACUGCAAAGCAGAGUCCAACCGUCUGCAAUACAUCCAAAAGGUUGAAAAAUAUGCUCAAGUUGAUGUUGUUGGACGAUGCGGGCUUCUGAAAUGUGGUGAUUCCAUGUACGUAGAACACCAGUACAAUGCAACAACAAACCAGUGCUUGAAGGUUGCUGGUGAAGGCUAUCUCUUCUUCUUUGCCUUUGAGAACAAUUUCUGCAAAGAAUACGUCACGGAGAAAGUCUACAAUCUGCUAUAUUAUCCAAUUGUUCCAGUGGUUCGGGGAUCAGCGAAUUACUCAGCACUUCUUCCCCCGAAUUCUUACAUCAACGCCAACAAUUAUUCGCCUAAGGAACUAGCAGAGAGAUUGCUCUAUCUGAAAGAUCAUCCCAAGGAGUACAAGAAAUACUUGGAAUGGAGGAAGUAUUAUCAACCGUCAACCAUCGGCGGAGAGAUCGUUUUGUGCCACAUGUGUUCCCGAUUAUACGACAAAGACUUUUUCGAAUUCAAAGUAUACGAAGACUUUGAAGAUUGGUUCGUCUCAAAGGCCAACUGCAUGGCUGGACUGGAGCUGUGACCUCUGAAGGGGCGUUUGAUGCCCUCCAGUUUAGAGUUGUCCCUCGAAGAGGCUCUCGUGACUCUUGAGAAUACUUCUUAAACCCGAAGAGGUCUUUCUUCGAUAAACAUGACAUAAUCAAACGUUAGCCUGACAUCCAGUAUUGCUCCAGCAGGGUGGGCUGAGCAGGUUACCUCAACAACUGCACAUUCCAAAUCUGGGAAGGAGCCGCUUCCAUUAUAUGUAUGCCUCCACCACAAAAAUGAAACACCAGUUGCUCAGA